AUGAAAUGUUUUUUUAUGGCCCCAGGUGCAACUGUUCGUGAGGGGGCGCCACAACAAGGGGCAAAAAUAGGCUUCUACCACGUGAAAGAAUUUUCAUUCCAGCCAGAAGAUUUCCGAAAGAAACCACCACGAGGUGUGAUUGAUCUGAUAGAUGCGUGGAUUAGUCCAUCUAUCGAGGAUGAUAUUACAUUUAUUGUGCACACAUCUAGUGGGGAAACAUAUAAAUUAAGAGAUGUAAAAGAUAAUAUCAUGGCUGGUGAGAAUUCGGAUUUAAGUCUAUUAUCAAUUGAAGUAUUGAUUGGUCGUGUGGAAAUCGAUUUAGACGCGGAAUGUCAUUUACCAUGUAUUGUAUUUCGUUUACUCGAUUAUCCAGCUGUUUCUAUUUCCUAUUUUGAUCAAUGGCAAAUUGAACAAUUUCAUUUGUACAAGCAUGAAAAUAAUUUGAAAUCAUGGAAUGAGUUGUCAGAUCAAUUUUAUGAGUUACGUUCACCAAGUGGCGUCUAUGAAUUUAAACGUGGUAAAUCAUGUCUUUUCAAAACAUAUUUGAAUAGAUUACGUUCACAUUUGUUAAAUGUACCAUUAUUUUUAUUACUUAUCGAUCAAAUUAAUAUGGCGAAUGUAGAUAAUAGUUCAACACAAUUUGUCGGUAGCUGUACAAUUAAAUUAGACAAAUUAAUCGAAAAUUUAUAUAAUUCUAUUAAAAUGCAUGGUUACGAUACACCACUUGUCGAGCAGGAAACAAAUUAUUGUGAUUUAUUUAACCUGAUGGGUAGAAAAAUUGGCUCAUGUGAUCUCGCUGUUCGUCUAUGCCAUUAUGGUAAAACAAUUUUAACGCAUCUACCAAUGUUGGAUACUGAUCACAAGCACGUGGAACAAGAAAAAAAUGUGAAAAACCAGUUAGCAACCAAUACUGGAGUGACAGCUGAAAAACCUCUAGAAAAACAAAAAUUGCAACCUUCAAUCGAAAUAUCAGAUACCGUUGUUAAGCAUAUUGAGUUUGUUAAUGAGAAGAAAGAUGUUGCUUUACAAUUAUCUCGAUAUGAUUUUCCAUUAUCGAUGAAAUCAUGUGCUGUACAAACACAAUGGACAACGACAACAGUGAGACAAGAAAAACUUACUGUGACAACAACUGAACCAGGGGAUGAUUUAACUGUAAUGGCCUAUCGUCCACCACCACUCUAUUUCAAUUCUGAUUCUGACUGGCUUUGUAUGAAAGCAUCAAUUCCAUCAUCUCCAUCAUCACUUGAAAAAGCAAAAGAAAAUCGUCUUACUUAUCUUGCCUCCAUUCCAAUAGCGAGUUUUGAUGAAAGUAAACCCACAAAACAUCCUGUUAAUGUUCAUUUUGAUCUACGACGACAUGAAGCCAGCGAAAAGUCAUACUCGCCUACAUCACAUUUACCAAAAGAUUUUUUACAUAAUUUUCCACUAUUACGAUCCUUGGUACAGGAAGCACUAGCUAUUCAACAACGUAAUAUACCACAGAAAAAAAGAUUGCCGUUACCCAUUACUGAUCGUCCUCAUUCAGCCGAUCAACAAAUAAAGUCUACUAAACGAGUAAAAAGCCCUAGAAUAAAAUCCGCGCGAGUAAUUGUAAAACAAACUGAUCAAACAAAACGUUUAUAUCCAUUACCAUCAUCGCAAUCGAUGGUAUCAAAAACAGAAAUUCGUGCAUUAGUUGAUCGUUUAUCAAAGCCAAAGUUUAAUAAGAGAAUAGAAAAAGAAAUUCUUUUAAUAAAACAAACUCCAACAGUAGAACCGUUGAAAUCUGCGCGAUUAGUGAAUAACAAUGCUCAAACAAAAAAACCGCCUCGUUCAACCGCUAAUCCAUCGUAUAGCGUUACAAGAACAAUGAAACUUCGUGCUGCUCAUGCUCGUCGUCAAUCUCAAAUCGUCGCACCAGAUCAAACAAAAUCUAAGCAAAAUGCAUCAUCUCCAAAUAACAGUACUAAUCAACAACAAUUGUUAAACACAGCGACAUUAUCAUUACUCAACAAAGUCGACAUUGACAGUACAAUGGAAAAACCUCCGCAGAAAGAUGAACAAGCUCCAAUAUCAAACAUAGCAACAAAUACAUCAUCAACAGCAACAAGUAAAGAUGGCAGUUUCAAAAUAAAUACAUCAACUUCAACCACAACUACAACAGAUACGUUGAACUCAACAACUUUAGAAAAAUUAAAUUUAAAUCAACAACAAGAUAGAAAGGAUGAUGACAUUCUCUUUUCCAUAACUGAUGUAACAGAUUAG